AACCAUCACGCGGGCCACACAUGACAUGCUAUCCCAUCCAUACUCCCAUCAUUUUCCUCUGACCGAUCAUCCCUCAAAUUUGGGUUCCGUCAACUCAGGAAGUUCACCGGUGAGAAAACAUGAUUCGCUUAACGCUUCUCCCUUCCAAUUUCGCCGGUAACAUAUAGCGUUUGGUCUGGAAUCUGGACUUUAUAAAGAUUGGUUUUUGUUGGAGUUUUUGGUCACGGUAACCAGAAAGGUGUUCGUGUAUUGCUUGUGGUAUUAUGUGAACGUUAUUAUUGGCUGAGUUUCUUUGUAAGUGAAUAAUUGGAAUAAGAAGGCCAUCCCAUUUAGUUUUCAUAUCUAUAAAAACAACAGCAGCAAAUAAAGGCAGAGUAGUCUGUACAAAGAAAAUGGAGAAAGAAAAAGAAAGAGCCAAUAGAAUCCACAUACUUGUGGUUCCUCUUCCUGUCCAAGGCCACAUAAACCCAAUGCUCCAAUUCUCAAAACGCUUAGCAUCCAAAGGUUUAAGAGUGACACUUGUCACAAUCUCAUCCAACACUGAAGCCAUUGAAACUCAAUUGUGUAAGGUCAAGAUUGAGCCAAUUCAUGCAACAUCUGAAGAAGAAGAAGAAGCCGGCAAUAAUGUGGAGAACAAGGUUCUGUGGUUCCAAACCAUUUUGUCACGGAGAUUGCCACAGCUGAUACUGAAGCAAGAGAAUGAUGGCUACCCAAUCAUCUGUCUUGUCUAUGACUCAGCCAUGCCUUGGGUUUUAGACACAGCCAAAGGGCUAGGAAUUUUUGGGGCUUCAUUUUUCACUCACUCUUGUGCUGUUGGAGCUGUGUACUAUAAUGUGCAUGAAGGGUUGCUUAGGGUUCCUCUGAAAGAGCCUACAAUAUCAUUACCUGGGUUGCCCUUACUUGAGCCACAAGAUCUGCCUUCUUUCAUCUAUGAUCCCGGGUCAUAUCCGUCCUUCUUGAACUUGGUGGUUAGUAGGUUUUCAAAUAUCAGUGGCGCUGAUUGGAUCUUCUUCAACACAUUCCAUGGGCUGGAAAAAGAGGUGGUGAACUGGAUGAGAACGCGAUGGCCGAUCAAGACAAUAGGACCAACCCUUCCAUCAAUGUACCUAGACAAGAGAUUAGAAGAUGACAAAGAUUAUGGCUUCAGCAUUUUCAACUCCAACACUGAAGCUUGCAAGAAGUGGCUAGAAUCAAAAGAAACAGGCACAGUCGUAUAUGUAUCAUUUGGAAGCAUGGCAAAUUUAGGAGAAAAACAAAUGGAGGAAAUAGCAUUGGGAUUAAAAGGGAGCAACGCUAACUUCUUGUGGGUAGUUAGAGAAUCCGAAACUCAGAAGCUUCCAAGCAAUUUUGAAGAGCAAACAUCAGAGAAGGGUUUGGUUGUAAAUUGGUGUCCUCAAUUAGAAGUUUUGGGUCACAGGGCCCUCGGUUGCUUCAUGACACAUUGCGGUUGGAACUCAACGCUCGAGGCAUUGAGCUCUGGAGUCCCCAUGGUGGCAAUGCCACAGUGGACAGACCAAACGACUAAUGCCAAGUUUGUAGAAGAUGAAUGGAAAGUAGGAGUAAGGGUCAAGGUUGACCAAAUGGGAAUUGUCACUAAAGAAGAAAUAGAAAGAUGUAUAGCAGAAGUGAUUGAAGGAGAGAGAGGGAAGGAGAUUAAGAGGAAUUUAAUGAGAUGGAGAGAACUGGCUAAGGAGGCCAUGGAUGAAGGAGGAAGCUCUGAUAAGAACAUUGAGGAAUUUAUUGCUACUCUCUCAUGCAAAUAAUUCUUAAAAGGUCGUUUUUUGAAAUGUUUAUGUUGUGGAACUUUAAAUUUGAAUAACACAUUCGAAUGAGAAUCUACGCUCGAUUAAUGUACAACAUAAUAAUAAUAUCAUUAUAAAAACAUAAUAAUAAUAUCAUUAUAAAAACCCUAGACUUAGAAUAGUUGGAUUUGUAACACCUAUAUUGGUUUAUCAGUUGUUCUUAUGAUCACAUAUAAAAUUUUCGAUUUUGCA